GAAGGAGAAUCUAGCCACUCACGCGCUCCCGAGCACACGGGACGCCGAGCCAUUAGCGCGCUCUCGCGCAAAGCGCACGUCGAUUGGCUCGAAUGGUGACAAAGGGCGUGGCGCCGCAGGAGCUCAAAUGCCUGUACUGCUGUGAACUGGAAGAGCAUUAGGUAUGGAGAACCUGAUGGCUGGCUCAUCCCUACCCCCACUGUUUGCAGAUGAUGAUGGCUCAAAGGAAAGCAGUGAUAUGCCCACAACUGGGGUAGCCCACUCUGAGGGGUCAUACAGUGGAGGAGCUUCGCAGUCUGUGAACAAUCCAGAGUUUGUGGAGGACUUGUCACAAGUUCAGUUGCUGCAAAAUGAGUCUUCUAAUACAGCUGAAAGCAGCGAGCAGAGACUUGAAGAAGAGCAAAGAACUAAACGAGGAGGCUGGUCCAAAGGGAGAAAGAGGAAGAAACCCCUUAGGGACAGCAAUGCUCCGAAAUCCCCCCUCACAGGGUAUGUGCGAUUCAUGAAUGAGCGUAGGGAGCAGCUUCGAGCGAAGAUGCCUGAAGUCCCUUUCCCAGAGAUCACCAGGAUGCUGGGCAAUGAGUGGAGUAAGCUGCCUCCUGAGGAGAAACGGCGCUACCUUGAUGAAGCAGAUAGAGAUAAGGAACGGUACAUGCGGGAACUGGAGCAGUACCAGAAGACAGAGGCCUACAAAGUCUUUAGCAGGAAAGCACAGGACAGGCAGAAAGGCAAAUCACACCGGCAAGAUGGAACACGACAGACUGCCCACGACCAUGAGAAAGAAGCAGACACGAAGGAGAGGUCUGUUUUUGAUAUCCCAAUCUUCACAGAAGAGUUCCUGAAUCAUAGCAAAGCACGGGAAGCAGAGCUGCGCCAGCUGCGUAAAUCCAACAUGGAGUUUGAGGAGAGGAAUGCUGCCCUACAGAAGCACGUGGAGAGUAUGCGCACUGCUGUGGAGAAGUUGGAGGUGGAUGUGAUCCAGGAGCGCAGCCGGAACACAGUGCUGCAGCAGCAUCUAGAGACCUUACGGCAAGCACUCACCAGCAGCUUUGCCGGAGUCCCACUACCAGGCAGUGGGGAGACCCCCACAAUGGACACCAUUGACUCGUACAUGAACAGACUGCACAGUAUUAUUCUGGCUAACCCACAAGAGAAUGAGAAUCUCAUAGCCACAGUCCGAGAGGUUGUAAACCGGCUUGAUCGCUAGUGACUUGGGUCUCCUGGCCCAGGGGUGUCUUACAAAAGUGAUUCAGCCAGUGAGGAAUGAAAAGCCAUGGUGGAAACAGACUGGAGGUGGGAGGCAGGACUUCAGGAUCUGUCCUGGUCCCUGCCUAAGCAGCUUGCCAAUGGGGCAAACUGUUUAAUGAAUUAAAAGCUCCUAUGAAGCCACAGGCACCAGCCACUAAACAUUUGAACUAUCCUCCAUGUAAAGCUUUCAGAGCAUGUGACUACCGUACAAUCAUCAGUUUUCCAUCAUUUCAGCUGGGUGGGGGAAUACCCACACACUCUGUGGACUGGACAACAAUGGCGGUGAAUCUGCUUCCAGUCAGUGUAUUGGAGGCAGCCUUCGUGUUGUGGUAAUAGAGCUUUGAAAUGUUAUGUUGCUUUGUAUCUCUUCAUCCUUUCUGUGGGGUUUCCUUCUCCCUUUCCAGUUCUCCUUUUGUCCUUUUCUUGUUAGUUGAUGUUUGCUGCACUGUAUAGCAACACCUGUAUUCUUUGCUAUGAUAGACACAGCCUUCCUUACUACCCCGCCUGUCGUGUCUUCAGUGCAAGCUUCUCUUUUUUGUGCUAGGCUGCAUCUCGUACAACGAGGUUCCUUCCUGCUGGUAUUGGCUGUGGCUGGCACUUCAUGACUGAGCGGCCCCGAAGGAAGGGCUCUCUCUUUCCCCCCUCCCAGCUACUCUUUCCAAGCAUCUCUGCUGCACAUAUACGGUGUCCUGCUUCUCAGCAAGAUUCCACUGUUCCUAUCUAUUGAAAAUGUCUGGUGCAGCAUUUUACUGCUGAAAAGGUCAGCGGUAAUCAAGAGAGAAAGAGAGAGGCUGGCUUCUCUCAGCCAGCAGGAAAAGUACAAAACUUUAUUUUAGAUUAAAAUAAAACACGUCACUUUUCUGUCCCCUGAUAUGUUGCUUUGUCUAAUAUGAUGUGAGUUGCAGCCUGCUUGAGCGAAUUAUAUUAUGUUCCAAGUCGUCUCUCCACCACAAAGGGAAACAGGCAGGGGAAUUACAUUUCCCUCUGCCCAUCUGCUGUUGUAGCGCUAAGGAACCAUUUUUAUAAAAGGAGCCUGCAAUGAAGUGCAGCCGCAGAGAGCAGCUUUAACAGAAGUGAGCAAAUUGUGGCGCAUAGAAUUCCGCAGUGCAGCCCAGGGCUACCCUCACCUUUAAUACAAAAGUGCAUCUUCUGGAGACUACUGCUUCCUGCAUGGGAUGUUCCAGCUUGAUCUGAGUGGCCUUUCACUCAUGGCGAGUGUCUUUUUGUGUGCCGAGAUCUGUAGUUUCUCUGAAUUGCACCUCACCUGCUUGUUGAAGAUGAAGACGUCUACUGUCUGCACCGUCUUAUGCAAAUUAUUUGCAGCCCUUGGGCUCCUGUCAAAUUAUUAGUUCAGGCUUCAGUUGAAAACUUCUUGAAUACCCUUGAGCUUUAUUAUGAUGGUCCAAACAUGCUCUCCGUUCUAGCUGCCACCUUCCUACGCCUCCUCCAGAAAAUCUUGGGACUUUUCCUAUCAUGAACUGGGAAUGCUUUUAUUACCUUGCCAUGCUGAUGCAAGCAAAAACAGUUUCACGGAUCUGCAGUGUUAGCAUCUGCCCAAUUUUAUAUUUGAAGAUUAAAAAGUAGUUCCUCCUUUUCCACUCUUUAGUGCAUGCUGCACAGAUUUCACAUUUACUUAAAGCCACCUCCAAGUCAAAGCCGUCUGUGACAAGGGCUCCCUCACCCCUUGCCUUGCAGCUGCUACCUUCACUGCAGCCAAACAGCAAGGAUUUGCUUGUAAGCUCAAGUCUUCCUUCAGGGAGGGACGCGUUUUUGUAUUUUCUCUCAUCAUUUUUCAAGACUUCACCCACAAGAGCUGCAACUUGGGGCAUUGACUUUCUUUUUCCUUAACAUAGGCAAGACCUAAGUUCCCUGUAAGCUGUGCAGCCUCACAGCAUCCUAUUUAGUGCUGCGCGGGCGCUCGGGGUACCCUCCCGAGGACCUGCCGCAGCCAGGGCGGCCCGGGCCCAGGGACAGCCGAAUCAGGCUUGGGCACGGCCGGGGCGUCGCAGCUGGGCCCGGACCCUGGGGUGGCCCUCCCCAGGCCCAGAGCCGCUGAGGCCAGGGAAGGGGCACCUAUCCUGCAGCCCCAGCUCCAGAGCUGCCGCGGCAGGGAGAGGCGCCUUUCCCCACCCUAGCCCAGGUGCUGCUGCAGGGAGGGAGAGCUGGGGGGAGUCCUCUCUCCCCGCCGUAGCCCAGGAGCACCCUCCUACCCCAAACCUAUCAUCCUCAGCCCCACCCCAGAGCUCGCACCCCCAGCUAGAGCCCACACACCCUGCACCCAACCCUCUGCCCCAGCCCUGAGCCUCCUCCCAUGCGCUGAACCCCUCGGUCUCACCCCCACCACAUGAAUUUUGUUAUGUGCACCAAUAUGAAAGUGAUUCAUUCUGCACAUGGCUGGGAAAAAUUAGAGGGAACACUGUGCAAGACCAGCAGAUGUUAGCAUGAACUAGUUUUGAAUUCUGUUGUGAAUAGGUUGUGGGAGAACAUCCUGUAGAUAAAUAGCAUCUCAGGAAAAAGCACCUCCGUCUCACACCAUUUAGUAAUUGUGGCAAUUGACUGCUGUAUUGAAGUGGGAGUAGCCUAAGUGCAGUCCACAGCCAAAACCUGGGCCCACAGAGUUCUAACAAAUCAGUCAGUGGUAACGUUUAUCUUUAAUACAGAGAUAUACCCCAUGGAGACUCAAGGUCUCAGCAUUGUGAUGCAAGGGCUUGAUCCACUUUGUGUCCAUAAGCUGCCCUGUCUUACACAAAUCAGAUGUAGCCGUCAGCUCCUGGCACAUUGCCAACAUAUCUCUGUGUUGGGCAAAGCCUGCCUGUUCUUGGAUGGGAGACUUAAGCAGGUACUUACUGUUAGCUGCAUGCUGACCAAUCUUUCCCUUUUCCCCAACACAGAGGAAGAGAGAUGUGAUGACAUGGCCCAUUUUGAAGCAGCUGGGAUGGGGGGGAUGGUUUGAGUUCUUGCUCUCCAACAAUAUUACAGAUGAUGUUUUGUCUCAUUAAGAAGCUUCAUAUCUGCACUGAUUUAUCCAAUGAAAAGUGAAUUUUGCCUUUUCAGUGUUUUUCAUGAGUGUCACUGCAGUUUACAUUUUUCAGUGUGUUGGCUGACAAAAAAAAAAUUAAGUGGGUGGUGAGGGGAGGAGCAGGGUCAGACAUUUUCUUUGCUCUGAGAAAUGUUAACAAAAACGUAUUAAAAUGGAGUCCAUUGGCUGGAUUAAUGUGUUUGGAAUUGUUGAAAUGCCAAGUUUUCUGUACAAGUGUUUUUGCAAUUAAACUUUUAGACUUUCUUUGUUUAAGAAGAUGAUAUGCUUGCUUGACAUUUGCUUCAUUAAAACUGUUCAGCUUUGAAUUCA